AUGCAGAUCUUCGUCAAGACUCUUACUGGAAAAACGAUCACUCUUGAAGUUGAGGCUUCUGAUACCAUCGAAAAUGUGAAGGCGAAAAUUCAAGAUAAGGAAGGAAUUCCUCCAGAUCAGCAGCGAUUGAUCUUUGCUGGAAAGCAGCUUGAGGACGGGCGCACCCUUGCUGACUAUAAUAUCCAGAAGGAAUCGACUCUCCAUCUUGUUUUGCGUCUUCGCGGUGGCAUGCAGAUUUUCGUUAAGACUCUUACUGGAAAGACCAUCACUCUCGAAGUUGAAGCUUCCGACACUAUCGAAAACGUCAAGGCCAAGAUUCAAGAUAAGGAAGGAAUUCCUCCUGAUCAGCAACGAUUGAUCUUCGCUGGUAAACAGCUUGAGGAUGGGCGUACUCUUGCCGAUUAUAACAUCCAGAAGGAGUCAACUCUUCACCUCGUUUUGCGUCUUCGUGGUGGAAUGCAAAUCUUCGUGAAAACUUUGACUGGGAAGACUAUCACCCUCGAAGUUGAGGCAUCUGACACCAUAGAAAAUGUCAAAGCCAAAAUUCAGGACAAGGAAGGCAUUCCACCAGAUCAGCAGCGUCUGAUCUUCGCUGGAAAGCAACUCGAGGACGGUCGUACUCUUGCUGACUACAACAUUCAGAAGGAGUCGACUCUUCACUUGGUCUUGCGUCUUCGUGGUGGAAACUAA